AUGUCCAAAAAGGGCAAGAAAGGAAAAAAAGGAGAAGACAAUGAUGAAUCCACAACCCAAAUCAUGAGGUUUUACAACAGGAAGAUUUAAAGUCUUGGGGUGGCAUAAAAUAAAAUAUUUGUUUAAGCAGUUGCAUAAGCAAUAGAAAAUCAAGAACAUCUAACGACUCUUCACAUCAUUGAGGAAAUAGGGCCUAAUGCAAUUAGAGGUAUUUUCGAAGCAUUAAUGGAUCUAAAUUAUAAGCAUUUGGCCAAUAUUUGGUUAGUCAAAGCAGGUCUGGGACUCAAUAAUAAUGAAGGUGUCAAAUAUUUGGCAAAUUAUAUAUAAAAAGCUCAAAAUACUAAAGUCUUGGAUUUGACAGAAAAUGAAAUCACUCCGCAAGGUUGCUCUUAUCUCGGUUACGCCCUAUCACCUGCUUUUAAAGUUCCCUUGUAGGAACUUAUUCUUGACUUUAAUUACAUUGGUUGUGAAGGAAUGAAAGAACUAAGCAAGGGAUUGGAGAUGAAUACAACAAUCAGAAAGCUUUCGCUCAAUUAUUGUAGAUUGGAUUUAGAAAGUGUUAAAUAUCUAUAGGACAUUCUCUCUUUUGUCGAUUGCGAUUUAAGAUAUUUAUUUUUAGAGGGAAAUUAUUUAAGAAAUCAAGGUGUCUAUUAAUUGUUUCGGUCCUUGGAAACUAAUGAAUGGUUGGAGGAAUUAAAUAUUGCAAAUAAUCAGUUUGGAGAAUCUGAAGAUGUCCCACUUAUUGAAAAAAUAUGUGAAGUCUUAACCAAAAAUAGUUCAAUUUAGGUUUAUGACUUUAGAGGAAAUGCUUUAUAUGAUGAUUCUGCUAAGAAAUUCUUAGAGUGUAUCAAAAUGUACAAAACUGUUUGCAGACUAGAAGUUCCAAUAGAAAUAUAAAAUGCAAUUCUUGAAGAAAUCAAAAAAGUUACAAAAAAAAGAAAGAGAAGAAAGAAUAAGAAAAAAAAAUCGAAAAAGAAGAAAAAAGCAAAAAAAUGA